GAUCAAAUUACAUAUGAUCCAAUAAAUCAAUUACAUUAGGAAAAUUCGACAAAGCAUAAGAUAACUUUACGUUCUCAAUGUCUUGCAAUUUCAAGCAUGAGUCUAUCAUAAGUACAUAUAGAACAACACCUCAAAAUGGGUAUGGAUAUGGAGGCACGAGCAUGGCUCUCUAAAUAUAAGGAAAAAUGUGGAAAAACUUGAACACACUCCUGUUUAAAAGAUGAGUCUGAGCAACAUAACAGAUGCAUGAAAGUUGACACACAAGAUCAAGGCAAUUAAUCUCUUUUGGGCAGUGGAUCCAAGCAUGAGUGUUGUUUGCUGCCAGCAUGGAGAAAAUUCCAAUUUGUGAAAUACAAAAUGUGGUGUUACUUUGGACAACAAAUACAGAACAACAUUUUCUUGAAAAUUAUUUCAUGUCCUAUAUAAUUUUUUAUAUAAUCCCUAAAAAUGUAUUUCGACAAUUGAAAGGAGAGACAUAUAAUAUAACUUUUAUAAAUUAAUAAUCUUGAUUAAAUAAUAUUUUUUAUCGAUCUCGACUUGAGAUCAAUGUGAUCAAUUAAUAAUUUAUUAAAUUUAUAAGAUAAUUACAUUUUCAAAAAAUACAUACGUCCCACUUGAUAUAUAAAUUCAUAAUUUCCUUAUACAUUAAAACUAUUAAUUAUAUAUAUACACGACUCAAUUAGAAACCUUUGAAAAAUAAAACUCCAAUGUUAAUAACUUUAUUUCUAAUUUUUCUUAGUACGUUAAGGAACUCUAAUAUAUAAUCUAGUAUUGUAAAAGAAAAUUACGUAUAAUACAUAUAUUAAGUUCAAUGUUUUAAAAAAAAUAAAAAAAUAUAUGUUAAUAAAUUAAUUUUUUAUUAACUGAUGUAUAAAUUAAUAAAUUAAUUUAUUGAUUAAAUAAUAUUUUAAUUAAUUAAUAAUUUUCAUAAUCUCAAUGUAUUAAUAUAUAAGGUUUAACUGUAUCGUCUUAUGUAUUGUUUUCCUUUUGACUUUAGGACAUCAGCGGGCAAGUUUUGUUUUAGAAAUAAAGAAAAAAAUAAAACGCAUAAUUAAAAUUUUACACCGCCUUUCGGUAGUUACAAUUACAGCAAGCCUUCCAAGGGCAAAUCUCUCUCCUAACGAACGGAAGUCUCCUGCCCCUUUCCUUCCAACGCAAGAAAACUAAGCAAAGGAUUCUUAAAAGGGGCAAUCGUUUAGUGUUUCCGGGUUUUCGUUUGCGUUCAUCACCGACUCCUUUUCUCGUUCGACCCCUAAGCCUAAGGUGUUCAAAUUACCAAGAACCGACAUUGGUCUCGCAAAUCAAACAAGGUUAUUCCGAAGAAAAGUUUCAAUUGACAGAUGAAAAGAAAAGCUGAAUGUAUUUGUUCUGAAACUGUUAUUUGCUACAAGAUGCGGCUGAUACCUGUUUUUCGUCACUACCCUAAGGGCUGCAGUCCAAGGGGAAGAUUUGCAACUCAAUCCUCUCAACACUUAGUUCAAUCAGAGUCGCCUAGCUCUAGCUCACUGUACGAUUCAGAAUCUGAGGACUCAGUGGUUUCUUUAUUUGACGAUGCGCUUGAAUCAGUUUCCUUAGCGGAAGUUAAAGGAAAAGAUGUGUCACAGGCUUUGGAUACCCCAAGCCCGGUUGACCAGUCGGAAACUUCAGAUCAUGAGGCUACAGAAUUACCUGAGGAAGUUGUGUCUGAGUCCAUGCCUACAGGUUAUGCACCCCGGGAAGGUGUCUUGGCUAUCCGGGAUUAUCCUAGAAGCUGCGGUCCAAAAGGAAAAUCUCAAACACCAUUCUCUAAAGAUUUAGAAUCAGAAGGGCCAGACUCUAGCUUGUGGGCUGGUUCAGAAUUGGGGGUCUGUCUUUCGAAGAAGGGACUUGAUUCAAUAACAUCAGCGGAAAGAGAGACACCAAAGGCCUUGGAUGACAUCGAACACAUUGACUUGAAAGAAACUUCAGAGUCAUUAGAGGAAGCUAAAUUGGUUUUCAGCAGCUCUUGGUAUGAUCUGGAAUCUGAGGACUCAAUGGCUUCUAUUUAUAACAAUAACCUUGAGUCAGUAGCAUUAUCAGAAGAAGAACAAGGAAUAGAUAUGCCAAAGGUUAUAGACUCCAUGGGCUUGAUUGAUCAGUCGGAAACUUCAGAGCCUGAAGCUCCGAGUCUGCCACCCAAGACAAUAGACUUAGUAACUAUGGAUUCUCCCGAGGGCUGUAUAAGAAGAUGUCCUCAAGUUAGGGAUGAGAAUAUCCUGGAAGCGACUACUUUUGAGACAAAUGGAUUAAACCAUGAGCUGUCUGAUGCAGAAGAUCCCUCACUUAUAGUACUGAGUGAUUCAGAAGGGAGUUGCUCCACAAAUACUUUCAUGAGCAAUUUACAGGAAUCAGAAAAUUUAUCAGGCCAAUGCAGCAUUCAGUUUCAGGAAAAAGGUCCAAGUACUAUGGAAUAUCGAGUGCCUAAAUUGAUAAUAACGGUAUGGAUGGCUGCACGAAACUGCCCAUGGAGGGAAAGGAAAAGAGCAUCCAGAUCGAAUACAACCAGAGAUGGAAACAGAAGCAAAAGAAAGAAGCAUUAAUUUCCAAGGUUGGACAAUUUUGAUCUUGCAGAAGCUUCACAAGUUAUUGGUAGAUGAUAAUUUUCACUUAGGUUUUGAAUGUUUGUUAUAGGUAUAAUCUGGUAUUCAAACUUGGUAUUAUUUUCAUUUCAUAAAUGCUGUCAUUAUCUAAACAUGUAUUCUUUAUAUCAUAUAUGAAGCUAACUACUCUUUGGC